ACAAUUUAAUUAUGUAAUAAAUUUUAAAAUUUAAAACCUUUAUAAGUAUAUACAUUAUAAGUGGCAUUCGGUUUACUGCAUUUGUUCAAUGUAGAUGUCCAAUUACUCAAUUAACAUUGGAUUUUUCUAACAUUGGAUUUUGUGGUAUUACCAAAUUCGACAUAUAGUUUAAUAAGAUGGCUUGUGAAUAUGCAUCUAAGAAGAUAAAAUUGGAAUUAGAAGAACAAGAUGAAUCCAAUACAAGUUACAAGGAAAAUAAUAGCACUGAAGAACAAAACCAAAAUGAACAUUCAAAUCGACAUUUUCACAUCUUGGAUGAAGCUACAUAUGAUAUGUCUGAUUCAGAUCAAGAUAAAGAUUAUAGUGGAUCGGAAGUUGGAGAUGAUGAGAUUGAGGCUAUGCUUGAAGCUGGUCUUCCUGAUAAUCUUCGUGGUAAACUUGGGGAUGAUUCUCGCUAUGAAGAUUCAUCUAAAACUGUAUUAGAAGAAUUGUUUCAAAACCAUUUUGAGGUUUUACCUGAGGGAUGGAUACAAGUUACGCAUAAUAGUGGGAUGCCUAUUUACUUACAUCGAGCAAGUAGGGUUUGCUGCAUGUCCAGACCUUAUUUUUUAGGACCUGGAAGUUCUAGGAAACAUGAAAUUCCAUUGAGCGCCAUACCAUGUUUAAGUUAUCGCAAAGCUUUAGAAAAAUUAAAUACUGACAUAAAGCCCGAGGUAAAUCCUACAUUUCAUCAAAAUGGAAAUAGUGUGAAUGGAUAUUCUAGUAAUCAAAAUUCAAAUGGGGUGGAAGAUUUUACAAGUAAUUCAAAUUCUAAUCCUGAAAAUAAUGCAGUAAAUGCUUCCUUAUCUCUACCAUGCGCUAAAAUAGAAACAGCACAAGAAAAUUUAGCAAGUCAAAGUCUUAGUCCAGAACAAUUACGAGAAUAUUGUUCUAAUUUAUUUAAAUUCAAAGUAAUCAAAGUCAUGAGAUUCAAGUCGUGGAGUGCAAGAAGAAAAUUCACUCGAAGUAGAAAAAAUAUUAAGCAAUUGCAAAGACCAACAUUACCUGAUGGUACAAAACUUAUAACAUGCCCUGUAGUCACUACUGAUACUGACAAUAGUAGCCAAAGUAAUCAUAGGAAUAAAAAGGAAUUUAUAAUGAAUCCUAAUGGAAAAAGUUAUGUUUGUAUUUUACAUGAGUAUGUGCAGCAUGCACUAAAGAAACAGCCUUCUUACGAAUUUAAAGAAUUAGAAAAUGCUGCAACACCGUAUUCAGCUACGGUUUCUAUAAAUGACAUGCUUUAUGGUGUUGGAUAUGGCACUAGUAAAAAACAAGCUAAGAGUGAUGCAGCACGAGCUACACUGGAAAUUCUUAUUCCAGAAAUGCGUGAAAAAAUAGCAGCAGAUAACAGAGCGUCAGGUAAUGCAAACCGGUCUCAAGAUCAAGAUCUUUCGUUCUUUGAUGAAAUAAAAAUUGAGGAUCCACGGGUAGCUGAAUUUUGUGCUAAGACGACAGAACCUUCACCUCAUACGAUUUUAUUAACAUGUUUACAAAGAAAUUAUGGUUUGGGGAACAUGCAUAUUAACUAUGAAGUAAAUACCGUUAAACAUCAAAAGAAUGAGUUUACCAUGACCGUCGGUAAGCAUGUUGCAAAGGUUAUAUGCAAAAAUAAGCGAGAUGGUAAGCAGAGGGCUUCACAAGCUAUUUUGCAGGCUCUUCAUCCUCAUAUUUCAAGUUGGGGUUCACUACUGCGUCUUUAUGGUAGUAGAUCUGUGAAAAGCUUCAAAGAGAAAAAACAAGAAGAACAAGAAAUCACCUUAUUGCAAAGUAAAGCUGCAAUAAAUCAGCCUAAUUAUGCCAUUUUAGAAAAAUUAAGGGUAGAAAUGGAAAAAUUAGAAGACAUUCAACAAGCUAUUCAGCCUAUUGGAACAUUUAUUGCCCCAGAGGAUGUUAAUUUGCCUUCAACAUCAAGUUCUAAUUUGAAUAUUGUUGAACUUUGAGCAUUCAAAGAGAACAGAACAGAUUCCUUCAAAAAUAUAGU